AUCAAAAUCACUUGCUCUCCAAUCGAAACGAGAUGUUUUCUCCGUAUGACCAAAUUCGCGAUUUUUUUAUAUCCAGUUCCAGCAAUAAAAUAACCCCAUCCCGAUAAAUACCGAGUCCCCAGUCCACGAGAACGGGUCUUCCCUCCCCCAGCUCCACCCUCAUCGCAACGGUCGAUUUUGCAAAUCGCAAGGCUAAUUAGCUUCUCCUCUGCGCUUCAGAGCCAGUCCAAUGAUCGUCAUAGCCCCAGCUAAAUCAAUCGCAAUCGCGAGCCGCGUUGACUUCCAUCAUCCAUGUCCGCCGCCUUGAUCAGAAUCCGCGAGGAGGAAGCCGGGCUGUCCUCGCCGGCGAAGGAGAAGGCGGCGUCCCGGGGCGCGUACGGCAACCGAUGGCCGCUCCUCCUCGGGCGGCUCCGCCACCAGCUCGGCGGCGCGGGCCCCAAGCUGAAGCUCCUCUCCUGCGUCGUUGUGCUGGGCCUCGUCCUCUUGGUCGGUUCGAGAUUGAGCUCUCUCAUGGGAUGGAACGUUCACCAUCCUUCUUCAGUCUCUUCCCCUACAGGGGGUGGUUACACUGUGCUAAUCAACACAUGGAACCAAAACAACCAUCUUAAGAAAACUGUCCGCCACUAUGCAUCCUGCGCUGGUACCGAUGCGAUACGCGUCAUAUGGAGCGAAAGUCAUCCGCCGCAGGAGAAACUGAAGUCCCAUCUCAACGAAGUUGUGGCGUCAAAGUCUCAUAAGCAUGCUCUUAAGUUCGAUAUCAUCAGUGAUAGUACCGUGAUGAGUAGAUUCAGGCCAAGUGGGGACAUCAGUACUGAUGCAGUUUUCUCUGUUGACGAUGACGUAAUUAUUCCAUGUCCUACUCUGGAUUUUGCUUUCACGGUGUGGCAGAGUGCCCCUUCCACCAUGGUGGGAUUUGUUCCUCGUGCACAUUCGCUGGAAGCAGAGAGAAAUGGUAUUCCUUAUUACAAAUACGAAGGAUGGUGGUCAGUUUGGUGGAAGGGCACCUACAGCAUGAUUCUCGCAGAAGCAGCAUUCUUUCAUAGAAAAUACCUGGAUAUGUACACCUAUAUAAUGCCAUUGACAGUUCAUAAUUAUCUUACCAGGGAGAGAAUUUGUGAAGAUGUUGCGAUGUCUCUGCUCAUUGCCAAUGCCUCUGGUUCUCCUCCAAUUUGGGUGAAAGGAAAGACUCACAAGAUAGGAGCCUCAGGUACAAGCAGUUUAGGAGGGCAUGCCGACUAUAGAAGCAGAUGCCUGAAUGAUCUUCUUUCUCUAUAUGAGACUGUGCCCCUUAUGCAUACCAAUGUGAAAGCUGUUGAUGCAAGACAGGAAUGGUUCUGGUAAAUCGUGCUGGUUUCAUUUAAAUUGUGCCUCCGACGUUUCGGUUAUUGCCGUCCUCGUUUUGGACUUUGGGCAGUAACUUAUUGCUCCUAGAUUAUUGUACAUUCCAUUGGAGCAGCUAACUCGAGAAAGAAUAAAGGAAUUCCUGGAACGGGACUCAAGUUGGCUCAUUGUCACAUUGUUUAGGGUUUGACUGUUAGUCUAUCUUUGACUUAA